GCGCGUCCCGGCCGGGCCAGGCAGUGUCUCGCGCUCUGCGCAUCUCUCCGGGGUCGCCGCGGGAACGAUGCUGGGCCGCAGGGGCGCGCGCGCGGGGCGCGGGAUGGCGCGGGGCUGGACCGCGCUCUGCCUGCUGAGUCUGCUGCCUUCUAUGGAAUUCACAAAUAUAACCAUAACUGGUAAUGCCACAGUGUCACCCAACCCAGGAACGUCUUCACCUGUCCCUACAACUACGUCCGACUGGAAAAGCAUGAACUCAAGUACUUUUAGAAGCACCAGCCUCUACAAUGUCUCCCAGGACAGCAAUGGGACCACAGCAGUCACCUCAGUUCCAGCGUCUACAGUCAAUUUCACGUCUGCCUCUGAGACCCUCCCAGCCUCUGGAGCUGUGAACUCUUCCGUCCAACCACAGACCUCUUUAGCCACCACGGUGUCUUCUACCCUCAUCAGCUUUGCGACUUCAGAGGCGACUCUGCAGCCCAGCACGUUUCCUGGAAAUAUUUCGGAUUCCCUAUACAAUAGUACCAGCCCUGUGACUUCUUCCAUUAAUACCUCUCCAUCAUUUUCUCCUACCCAAAAUAUCCUCAAGACUGAAAUAAAAUGUUCCAGAGUCAAAGAAGUGAAAUUGGCCCACAGCAUCUGCCUGAAGCUAAAUGAGACCUCCAGCUGUGAGGAGUUUAAGAAGAACAAUGAAGAGAAGCUGACCCGAGUCUUGUGUCAGGAGGAACAGGCCGAGGUGUGCUCCUUGCUCCUGGCCCAGUCUGAGGUGAAGCCUCAGUGCCUGCUGCUGGUCCUGACCAACAGGACAGAAAGUUCCAGCAAGAUCAGACUUCUGGAAAAGUACCAGUCUGACCUGAGAGAGAUGGGCAUCCAGGACAUCUCUGAAGAAGAUGUCAGCAGCCACCAGAGCUAUUCCCAGAAGACCUUGAUUGCACUGGUCACCUCGGGGAUCCUGCUGGCCAUCCUGAUCACCACCUGCUAUUUCCUGAUGAACCGCCGCAGCUGGAGCCCAGCAGGAGAAAGGCUGGGCGAAGACCCUUAUUACGUGGAGAACGGUGGAGGCCAGGGCUAUAGCUCAGGCCCUGAGGCCUCCCCCGAGGCUCAGGGAAAGGCCAUUGUGAAUCGAGGGGCUCAGGAGAAUGGCACCGGCCAGGCCACCUCCAGAAACGGCCAUUCAGCGAGACAACGUGUGGUAGCUGAUACCGAACUGUGAUGUGGCUGGGGAGGCCGGGAGGGAUCCAGGGGAGGAGCCCCUCCCUGGGUCUGAGCGCUUGCAGCGCGCCAGAGUGGCGCCCCCUCACCAUCCCCCCUUUCCCAGCACACAUACCCAGGGAAGCCAUCCCUGAGGCCCGCCCUGUACAGGGCAAGGGGUCCUCCUGCCCUCCACGCAUUCACCUCCCUGCACCCACCAUUGGGCUACUCUGAGGAAAGGUGUGAUGCACACAGCCAAGAUGCUGAGAAGCCCCUCGGGGGGUGGAGGGUGGGGGGGGCAGAUGGUCUUGCAGCUUCCACAGAGGGGCCCCUUUCCUCCCCCUCCUCUCUGCCUCAUUAUAGGAAUUCCCAGGGGAAAGCAGGGGCUUUUCUGGACUGUGAUUUCGUCCCAAGAGGUGUUACCUUUUCCUGUUUCUUCCUUGUAUUUUUCUUUCUCUACUUUAGGAACACCAAAGCAAUCCCUCGCACUUGCCCCUUUGUAAUGACCGGUCAGAAAAUCAUGCCGUCUUAACCCAUCUCCAUCAUUCCCCUCUCUGAGGCACUGAGCGUUUACUCACCAGCUCCCCUCUUGCUCUCUAAGGUCCCUGAGCUCCACAGGUAAAUCACCCCCACCCCCACUGCCACCUCUGUAGACUGAGGCCUGUGCAGCUUUUCUGGCUGAGCCUGGAACCGGACUCCAAGUUUUAGAACAAGGUCCAGAGUCUGUGUGUUUGGAGGACCUGACCUGGUGAUACAUGUGGACACAUGGGUACCCACUCAAAGGGCAGAGGGGUGAGGGCACACAGCUUGGUCCCGGUCUCUGCAGGGCCACAGAGAGCCUCUGCUGGGGCUGCUGUUUCUGCCAGUGGGUCAGAGUGGACAGGACCAUGGGACCAGAUCUCUUGACCUGUGAGCUUCGAAGGAAGCCUUUUGCUCUGAGGCUAGGUUCUGACCUUCACCUCUGUCUCGACGGCCUCCUCCCGCCUCUCCCUGACUCCUGGGUUGAGCUGUGGCCUCAGUCUCCCAGCAGACUCCUUCUGUCUCUGUCUCCCUAACCCUGAACCCUUUAGCCGCUCUGCACCCCGUGUGGUCAGGGCCCCGGGACUUCUCCAGAGGACCCUCACCAUAAGCCACCUUUUCUGCAGGUGACCCAGGUCCUUGGUUUUUUUUUUUUUUUUUCUUUUUCCAGAAGGGUGAAAAGGGAUCCUGAUUUCAAUGACGGUUGGAAAUAGAAUUUUCCAGAGAUAGGAAGAUGGGGUGGAUUUUUUGUUUGUUUUUCUGAAUAAAAAAUGCUGUGUGUAAAUAAUGUAAUUAAAGUGAUAC